AUGUCAGAAGUCGAAUCAGACCAUUCCAAGAGACUCGAACAGUCUCUAGAUGCCAUCAUUGCUACCGGGCCCUCCAGCAGACCCCCAAGGAGAUCCAAUGGAGUUAGCAAAAACACCAAAUCGGGUAGAGGACGCCAUCCAAGAAAUGACAGGGUGAGUUUCAGGCCUCCUCCAAAAAAUAGAGAAGCCGAAAGACUGAGCGAGGGAAAAGCAUAUUUGCGUGUCAGAAAUCUGCACCCAGAACUAUCCGAACAGGAUAUUUUUGACUUGUUCUCCAAAGUGGGAGAGGUCAAGUUUUGUCUGAUCCAAUUCGGAACCAAUGGCAGUUCCACGGGCACGGCCUUUGUGGGCUUUGUUAACCCGGAGGAUUCUCGUUUGGCCAUUGAACAGUUUGACGGAAGAAAAGCAGCUGGCCAGAUAAUAAGCGUUGAGAAUGCUGUUGAUCUGGCUUCCAGAAUCAGUGUUGGAGCGAAGAAGCGUGGCAAGCGUGAGCCCAAGCCAAAGGAUCACAAGAAAUCCAUCGAGGAACUGGAUGCUGAAUUGCAGAACUACAUGGGUGGACAAGUCCAAGCUGAAAAAGAGUCUGAAACUGUUGAGCCAUCCCAGCCUUUUGCUGCUGUUAACACCGGCGAUGGUAUGAGUCUCGACUAG